CGGGAGGGGUGGAGCGAGCGGGGCGCCGGGCGCUGUCUCCAAUGAACCGCGCGGAACCCGCGCCCCUGAGGACCCCAGCCCGCUGCGCCCCCUCCCCACGGCUCACCUGGUGCCAGGUCUGGCCUCGCCCCACAGACAAUGGCCUUGCCCCCAUGAGCUAGAGCCUGCCCCUCGGUGCCUGCCCACCACCCGCCAGCAGGAUGCAGCUGUGGAAGGCAGUGGUGGUGACCCUGGCCUUCAUGAGCUUGGACAUCGGUAUGACCACGGCCAUCUACGUCCUCAGCCACCUGGACCGCAGCCUGCUGGAGGACAUCCGGCACUUCAACAUCUUUGACUCGGUGCUGGACCUCUGGGCGGCCUGCCUGUACCGCAGCUGCCUGCUGCUGGGGGCCACCAUCGGCGUGGCCAAGAACAGCACCCUGGGGCCCCGGCGGCUGCGGGCCUCGUGGACGGUCAUCGCCCUCGUGUGCCUCUUCGCGGGCAUCUACACCAUGGUGAAGCUGCUGCUCUUCUCCGAGGUACGCAAGCCGGUCCGGGACCCGUGGUUCUGGGCCCUCUUCGUGUGGACCUACAUCUCACUCGCUGCGUCCUUCCUGCUCUGGUGGCUGCUGUCCACAGUGCAGCCGGACGCCAAGGCCCUCGAGCGGGGGGCAGGGGCCGAGGCCGAGGGCCUCCCUGGGGAGGACCAGCCCGCGUCCGAGCAGGCCUCCGGGGCCACGCUGCAGAAGCUGCUGUCCUACACCAAGCCCGACAUCGCCUUCCUCGUGGCCGCCUCCUUCUUCCUCAUCAUGGCAGCACUGGGAGAGACCUUCCUCCCCUACUACACGGGCCGGGCCAUCGAUGGCAUCGUCCUCCAGAAGAGCAUGGAGCAGUUCAGCACGGCCAUCAUCGUCAUGUGCGUGCUGGCCAUCGGCAGCUCAUUUGCCGCAGGUAUUCGGGGCGGCAUUUUUACCCUCAUAUUUGCCAGACUGAACAUUCGCCUUCGGAACCGUCUCUUCCGCUCACUGGUAUCUCAGGAGACGAGCUUCUUUGAUGAGAAUCGCACAGGGGACCUCAUCUCCCGCCUCACCUCGGACACCACCAUGGUCAGCGACCUGGUCUCCCAGAAUAUCAACAUCUUCCUGCGGAACACAGUCAAGGUCACGGGCGUGGUGGUCUUCAUGUUCAGCCUCUCCUGGCAGCUCUCCUUGGUCACCUUCAUGGGCUUCCCCAUCAUCAUGAUGGUGUCUGACGUCUACGGCAAGUACUACAAGAGGCUCUCCAAAGAGGUCCAGAAUGCCCUGGCCAGAGCCAGCAGCACGGCCGAGGAGACCAUCAGCGCCAUGAAGACAGUGCGGAGCUUUGCCAACGAGGAGGAGGAGGCGGAGGUGUACUCACGGAAGCUGCAGCAGGUGUACAAGCUGAACAGGAAGGAGGCUGCGGCCUACAUGUACUACGUCUGGGGCAGCGGGCUCACGCUGCUGGUGGUCCAGGUCAGUAUCCUCUACUACGGGGGCCACCUCGUCAUCUCAGGGCAGAUGACCAGCGGCAACCUCAUCUCCUUCAUUAUCUACGAGUUUGUCCUGGGAGAUUGUAUGGAGUCCGUGGGCUCAGUCUACAGCGGCCUGAUGCAAGGAGUGGGGGCCGCGGAGAAGGUGUUCGAGUUCAUUGACCGGCAGCCAACCAUGGUGCAUGAUGGGAACUUGGCCCCCGACCACCUGGAGGGCCGGGUGGACUUUGAGAACGUGACCUUCACCUACCGCACUCGGCCCCACACCCAAGUCUUGCAGAAUGUCUCCUUCAGCCUGUCCCCAGGAAAGGUGACAGCGCUCGUGGGGCCGUCGGGCAGUGGGAAGAGCUCCUGCGUCAACAUCCUGGAGAACUUCUACCCCCUGGAAGGGGGUCGCGUGCUGCUGGAUGGGAAGCCCAUCAGCGCCUAUGACCACAAGUACUUGCACCGAGUGAUCUCCCUGGUGAGCCAGGAGCCAGUGCUGUUCGCGCGCUCCAUCACAGACAACAUCUCCUACGGCCUGCCCACCGUGCCCUUCGAGGUGGUGGUGGAGGCCGCACAGAAGGCAAAUGCCCACGGCUUCAUCAUGGAACUCCAGGACGGCUACAAUACAGAUCCAGCAGGCCAUCCACGGCAACCUGCAGCAGCACACAGUGCUCAUCAUCGCGCACCGGCUGAGCACGGUGGAGCGGGCCCACCUCAUCGUGGUGCUGGACAAGGGCCGCGUGGUGCAGCAGGGCACACACCAGCAGCUGCUGGCCCAGGGCGGCCUCUACGCCAGGCUGGUGCAACGGCAGAUGCUGGGGCUCGAGCCCGCCUCGGACUGCACGGCCGGCCACAGGGAGCCGCCGGGCAACGGCAGUCACAAGGCCUGACCGUGGGCCCUGCCUCUCCCGGUGGGGCAGAGGCUCCAGUGCCCACCUGGCAGAUGUGCCCACGGGGGCCCCCCGGCCGCCCCCGCUGCCCUCCGAGCCCAGGUCCACGGCACUGCAGGGCCAGCUGCCCUGUCCCACGUGUCCCCGCUUCCUGCGUCUUGCCCCCGGUUCCCACCCUGUUCCCCGGGCCACCACCAGCCCCCUGCUGCCAUGAGCCACCCCCUCCAGUCUGGGCAGUGGAGACACCACUGGUCUCUCCAGCUGGUCUCCCAAGGUUUCUAAGCGAAGGUAGAGCUACCUUUUUAAACCAAGAUCUUAACCAGGUUUUUUACUGCUUGGUUCUGAUGGGCCCCAAUCUCCUAGAUUUCAAAAACAUUUUUCUAAUUGGGAGCAAUGAUGGGCAAGUUCACUGAGAUGUUCUAGAGACUUCUGAGCCGGGAGUGAAUGACCCUUCCUAAGAGCCUGGGGGAUGUCAGGGAGAACUAGGCCUCUACCCUUUGCCCAUGGAGAGAAGGGGCUUCCCUGUCCCGGGGUGCGGGGGGGGGUGGGACACGGGGAGGGGACUUCCUGUCCCUCCCUCUUCCCAGCUUUGUGAGUCAGGCCAAGGGUGGAUGGGGAGUGGAAGGCGCCUGCCUGCCCUCACCCCUUCCGCCCUCCCAAAUCUAAGCCAGUCUCACUGUGAACCACUACGGACCUUAAGUGGGGGAGUGAGGGGCUGACCAGGCCUGGCGGAGCCUCGGGGUGUCCCUGGCCCAGCGCCCAGCGCUAGCCCCUCCCCCUGCCCCUCCCCUGGCUGGCGGCCCCUUCCCACAUCCACCCUGCCGCUCUGCUCUUCUGAGGCCCUUUGGACGUUCGGGGGUCGCGUUCUCUUCCCUGUCCAGUGGACGGGACACUGGCGAAGCCCAGGUCUGGCUUUGUAGCGGGGUUGCAAGAUGUUGGGAGAACCCGGUCAAUAAA